GCGGCGGGGAGGCGGCUCCCGCCCUGGAGCUGGUGCGGCCGUCGGUGACGGAGCUGUGCCAGGUGCGCACCAACAUCCUGUGCACCGUGCCCGGCUGCGGCAAGGUGCUGCCCAACAGCCCGGCGCUCAGCAUGCACCUCAGCAAGGCGCACCGCCUGCAGGAUGGAAAAUUUAAUGCACCAAUAAGGAAGGGGUUGAAAACUCCACAGAAAUUCUACUGCUGUCCUAUCGAAGGCUGCCCUAGAGGACCAAACAGACCAUUUUCCCAAUUUUCUCUUGUGAAACAGCACUUUAUGAAGAUGCAUGCUGAAAAGAAGCACAAAUGUGAUAAAUGUAGUAACUCCUAUGGUACAGAAUGGUAUUUGAAACGGCACAUAGAGGACUGUGGCAAGACUUUCCGGUGUACUUGUGGGUGCCCGUAUGCCAGCAGGCCAGCAUUAUUGUCUCAUAUUUACAGAACUGGCCACGAAAUUCCUGCGGAGCACAGGGAUCCUCCUAGUAAGAAAAGGAAAAUGGAAACCUCCGUACAUAAUCAGCAGUUGGCAGAGAAAGCAAAUAAAGCACUCAUCGAUACACAUAAUAGUAAUCCUGGCACUCAGGAAUUGGAGUCAUCUGAAGUGAAACUAGUGGCCUCUUUUGAAGGUUCCUGCAAUUCUAACUUCACGAAGCAAGUACAGCCAAAAUGUACACCGAAGAUGCUUUUGCCAAAGCCCAAGGUGGCUUUGGUUAAACUUCCAGUGAUGCAGCUCGCUCACUUGCCUGUGUAUGUGUCUGCAACAGAUUCUUCUGUCAAACCUGUUGUAGUGGCUGUUGAUAAUCAAGGUUCAGUUUUAAGUACCGUUCAUUUCUUGCCUCAGUCUGUAGGGAUUCUGAUUCCAGCACUGGAGGCAGAAACGCUUGUAUUUAAAGACACUAUGCCUGUCUCAAAAGUAACAAAUUCUGGUGAUAACGAACCAGUAAGUACUGGUGUGCAAGUUGACUUGGACAAGGUUGCACCAAAUAGCCCAGGUCAAGAACCAGGGAAUGGUUGUCAUAAGAGUAACAUUUCUUCAAUAAAUGUACAGACUGACUUAUCUUAUAUUUCACAGAACUUUGUGCCGGCUGCAGCCUGGACUCCUGAUUCUUCUGUGUCUUCUUGCUCUCAGACAGAUCUGUCAUUUAGUUCACAGGUUUCACUACCCAUCAGUGUACAAACGCAGACGCUGCUGCCUGCUUCCAAACUGACUUCAUCCAUAGCUGCUCAGACUGAUGAUUUCAGUCAGGCUUGUUUCCCUACAUGUGGCAUUUCUAGAGAGACUCAAACCAACAGAACACAGGACUCCAUUGAUGGAAGAGUGCAAAUGGACCAGGCUGUAAUGUGCGGUGACAUCUUUGACAAUGUUCAUCCAUCAUAUAAUGUUUCUACUCAGAUUGAGCUUCCAGAAAACAACUUAAUGGCUGCAAAUAUAGAUCAAGCCUUGCUGCAGAGGAGUAAUUGCAAGAGCCUCAAUCAAGAUACAGUGAAGUCUGAAUCCCUUAUCGGCUUUAAUACCCAGACUAAUAUACUUCCACCUCAAAAUACGAUGGAUAAUCAAACGCAGACAAUGGACUUGCUAAGUGAUCUGGAAAAUAUCUUUUCAGGAAACAUGUCUGGCCAGACCCUGGAUAAUCGUGGCCUUUUGUCCGAGACUAGCUCUAAUGCUGACACACAUCUGCCAUCUGGUCCAUCACAGAGCACAGGAAUAGACUUUGACAUUGAAGAGUUCUUUUCAGCAUCCAAUAUCCAAACUCAGACUGAAGAGAGUGAGCUUGGUACCCUAAACUCUGAGCCAGUUUUGGAGUCGCUGGACAUUGAAACUCAGACUGAUUUCUUAUUUUCAGACAGUGCCACUCAAUCGUAUAGCUGCAGAGGAAAUUCUAACUUCUUAGGUUUGGAGAUGUUUGAUACGCAGACACAGACAGACUUGAAUUUCUUCUUGGACAGUAAUACCCACCUGCCUUUAGGAAGCAUUCUGAAGCAGUCUAGUUUCUCCAUGAGUACUGACUCAUCGGAUACAGAAACCCAGACAGAAGUAUAUCCUGCCACUAAAAACAUACCUAAUCAGAGCAUAGAAAGCAAAGUCCAGCUCAAUAGCGCUGAAACACAGACUAUGGACAGCUGCUUUGAGAAUCUGGGGAAUUUAUUCCUUACCAGCAACGAGACACAGACAGCAAUGGAUGACUUUCUUCUGGCUGACUUAGCCUGGAAUACAAUGGAGUCCCAGUUCAGUUCGGUAGAAACACAGACCUGUGAAGAGCUGUGCUCCUUGUUUCAGAGCUCUGACAAGCCCAGCCAUUGAGUACUGUGUCACAAAACUGUUUUGUGUGGUUUGAAAUUAAAUUAUUGGGGUGGGAGAGAGAGAGAUUGACCAAGUCACCCAUUUUGCAUUGUUGAAUGUAGUUACUGCGUGCAGAUGGCCUAAGAGACUUUUCAUGCUGAAGGUACUUUGUUGAGGUUCCGUUGUGCUGGACCAAAACCUGACCUGUCCAAUUCAGAUGCUUCCCUGAACUUACGGGGGAGGAUUCUCUUAGUUUUGUCUCUGAUUUGAUUUUCGAGGCACUGUCUCUAUUAGCAUGAAGGAACUACGUCGUUCAACUCUGCAUUGCCUUGCAGUCAGGGUGAUGUUAUGUUUGUCUCGUGUGCGACUCUUCUGCUUCACCGAAAAUGUAAUCAGACAGCCUGAAACAGUGGAAAUUCCCGAAGGAGCUGCUGAUCUCUAGUUGAACAACAGAAGUCCUUUACUUCUGAUUCUUUUUCAUAUACUGGCUUUUCAGGAGUGUCUUCAACAUAACUAGCGAUGGAAUAUAAUAGAUGACUUGUGAUGAUGUAGACCAUGCAGCAUCCAUUUUACAACAAGUAAUGCUUUACAUGCAUGCUUCAAGCACUCGCAUGCAGAGCUAGACUGAUAAUAUUCUAUUUUACAGAUAUUUGCAAAUGCAUCUAUGAUAAAAUAAAGCUAGAUAUGAAAGAUAGCCUUUAUUUCCAGCUUACAGAACUCAAGAACUGAUUAUGAUCUAAUUUAAACUUGUAACUAUUUGGGAUGGAUGAGUAAUACGUCUCACGGGUGAGCCUUUCCCAAAGCAUGUGUGAGUUAAUACGUCUGGAAAAUGACCUUAAAAUGUGUUUUCUCAUCACUGGUGGGAUUUUGAUCUAGUGGACAAAUUUAGUUUUCAAAGGAUGUUCAUGUAUGAUUCUUGCUAUGUAAGCCAAUAAACUUGCAACGAGCAGAGAAAAGCAAGUUCUCAUUUCUUAUACCUGUUUUACAAGUGACAAUCCCAAAGAAGGAAUGUUGUCCUAACAAUUGUGAAACAUUCAAGUAUAUUAAUGCAUGCAGAGAAAAUCCUGUGCCAAAAUACUGUUUCAUAUUUCCCGAUGUUGGAAACUGAAGUGUUACACAAAUCUACUAGUAAGUUAUUCACAAGUAUUGAAACAUUUUGUUCACAAAUGAAGCACUUAUUUAGUCCUGUAAAUUAUACAUAUUUUGGAAUAAAGUUAACUUCAACCAA